AUGACCGUCCUCGAGUCCCAGAAUGUCUACUACCUCUGGAAAUUUCUUCCCUCAACACCAGCAGCAGUCGCCUUCCUUCUCCUCUUUAUCGUCACCACUGCCUUGCACACCUGCAGAAUGAUUAAAACGAAAAUCUGGUUCUGCACCGUCUUCGUCAUUGACGGCUUCUUAAUCGGAUACAUCGGCCGCUGCAUCGCCCACAACAGCACCGGGACACUCAUGCUCUUCAUCCAGCAAAACUUCUUCAUUCUCCUCGCCCCCGCCUUGUUUGCAGCGAGCAUCUACAUGGUGUUAGGUCGCAUCACUUGGUCUGUUCGCGGGGAACGACACUCCUUGAUUCGCACGCACUGGCUGACCCAUGCCUUCGUGUUCGGCGACGUGUUGUCAUUUAUGAUUCAGGGAGUCAUCUCGUUCGGGCUUUUUAUCAUCACGGCGGUCAUUUUCCAAGUGCGGAUCAGCAAGUUCACCACAGCAGAGAGUUACAAUAAUCCAGAUGUGCCGUGGAAAGGGAAUUUGUAUGCUUUGUAUGCGAUGAGUGUGCUGGUGUUGAUAAGGAGCAUAUUUAGGGCUGUGGAGUACUCGAUGGGGUAUGAUGGGUAUGCGUUGGCGCAUGCGUGGACGUUAUAUGUUUUUGAUAGUAUGCCGAUGGCCUCUGUAAUGGUUGUUUGCUUUUGGAGGUAUCGAAUUCAGACUGCCCACCAGGGGAAUAAGCGGGGUGUUUGGGGGACUGGGGCGAGGUCACGGGGGCAUUCAGUUUUAGAAACACACUCGAUUACGGGCAUAUUUGCGGGAUUUGGAUCAGUUUAA